AUGGUUUUGAUGUCGCACGCUCUUAAGCGAUCUAUUGAAGAUGUUACAAUGCUUACCGCAUAUCAAUUGCUUGCGUGUGCUUGUUACGGACCAAUUGGAUCUGCUCUAGCACAUAAAUACGGAAAACGGCCACAAUUUAUCUUCGCCGCCAUCAUGGGAUUCAUUGGAACCCUUGUAUGUUGCACCACCACCAAUAACUACAGUGUUCUAUUAGCAGGGCGGAUUAUCCAAGGUUUCGGCUCAGCGGUCUUUGAGAGUCUGACUGUUGCAGUCAUGGGCGAUAUGUUUUUCGUUCACCAGCGAUCUCUCCGGACUGGUCUGCUAGUGAUGACCUGGACCUGCAUUAUAUCUCUAGUCUCGAUCCUGGGUGGUGUGAUAGCUGAGGGUCUUGGCUGGAGAUAUUUGUUCCUCAUUCAUCUGCCAUUUACCGUUGUUGGAAUGCUAUCAGUUUUCUUCUUUCUCCCCGAGACUCAGUGGCAGGCUCGCCGAAGUCAUAUCGCUUCUCCUGAGGAGCCGACUCAAACGGAAGAUAAAGAGACGGCAAACGUCAGCCAUGGACAUGACGAAAAUGUAUCAGAAUCAUCGUUGAUGGAGGCAAAGAAGACAUUUAUGCAAGAACUUGCAAUAUUCAGUGGGACGCACACAGAAACCAACCUUUUGCGCCUGGUUUUCGCUCCGUUUGCCGUCAUUAUCAACCCUGCCGUGAUCUGGGCGAUUGCUGUGGGUGGUGCAUGUAUCGGUUUCUACGUGGCUAUCUCUUACAUUCUUGCCCAAAUAUGGACCCCUCCUCCCUACAAUUUGAAUGCCCAUCAAAACGGAACUUUCUAUGUUGGCGCAUUAAUCGGAGGAGUGAUUAGUAGCAUAGCCGGCCCAUGGCUAGGGGAUUUGAUCACCAGGAAGAUGACCACAUGGAACAGAGGGACAUAUGAACCUGAAUUUCGCAUUCCAAUGAUGACCUUCGGCGCUUUGUUCUGUGGCAUCGGAUGCGACGCCUUCCGGGAAAAUUCCACAGAAAUUUUCAUCCUCUUGAUGACAGCCAAGAACUUCAUUUUCUAUGGUUUCUCCCAAGUUAUGAACACCUGGGCAGAGGAAAAGGGCCCAAGUGAUGUUUUGAGGACCUUUGGAAUUAUCACAAUGUGUCUCAUGGGCACAUCACCUUUGUUGUACAUUUUUGGAAAGCUCAACCGCUCUUUCAUGUACAGUACCGGAUUGAUGAGGAAGUUGACAGGGUACGGACACUCGGGAUGA